AUGAAUUUUGCGCCGUACCAGGACGAAUCGCCAGAGGUCGAGCGAGCCUUCUCGCCCGACCCCCAUCGCUCCAAAUCACCCAAUGUCGGGUCUCCGCGCGGCUCGCCCCCGAUCUCCGGUUUCUCGCCAAACGGACUUCCCUCUCCCACCCAUUUCGCCGGCGGAGGUCCUAUCGCGACCACUGGGCAUGGAAACACAGGUUUUGGGCCGGAUGUGGAGGGGGGGCGCUGGAAUUUGGGUGCUUUCGAGACAAGUCUUCCCAUCCGUAUGGACUUCGAGGCUAUGCUGGCAUAUCUGCUUCUUCCUCCGGCCGGGGGCGUCUUUCUUCUCCUGGUAGAGCACAAGAGUGAUUACGUACGCUUCCACGCGUGGCAAUCGAGUAUGCUCUUCACAGUUAUGUUUAUCAUCCAUUUAAUAUUCUCCUGGUCGACUUUCCUGUCAUGGACGUUGCUCGUCUGCGACCUGGCUCUCAUCGGCUUUCUUAGUAUGCGUGCCUACCGCGAUGUGGACACGCUCGAUCAUUACGAGGUUCCCAUCUUUGGACGGCUGGCCAAUUCCUUUGUGGACGACGAAUAA